AUGGCUCUCCUCGCAGAAAACGGAUAUCGGACUCCCGACAUAACAACCUUUACCAACCUGGACCAGACUUCCGACAUAACAACCAUUACUAACCUGGACCAGACCCCCGACAUAACAACCUUUACUAACCUGGACCAGACUCCCGACAUAAAAACCUUUACUAACCUGGACCAGACCCCCGACAUAACAACCUUUACUAACCUGGACCAGACUCCCGACAUAAAAACCUUUACUAACCUGGACCAGACCCCCGACAUAACAACCUUUACUAACCUGGACCAGACCCCCGACAUAACAACCUUUACUAACCUGGACCAGACUCCCGACAUAAAAACCUUUACUAACCUGGACCAGACUCCCGACAUAACAACCUUUACUAACCUGGACCAGACUUCCGACAUAAAAACCUUUACUAACCUGGACCAGACUCCCGACAUAAAAACCUUUACUAACCUGGGUAUCGUUUCACAAAGCUUCACUCCCGACAUAACAACCUUUACUAACCUGGACCAGACUCCCGACAUAACAACCUUUACCAACCUGGACCAGACUCCCGACAUAACAACCUUUACCAACCUGGACCAGACUCCCGACAUAACAACCUUUACCAACCUGGACCAGACUCCCGACAUAACAACCUUUACUAACCUGGACCAGACUCCCGACAUAACAACCUUUACUAACCUGGACCAGACCCCCGACAUAACAACCUUUACUAACCUGGACCAGACUCCCGACAUAACAACCUUUACCAACCUGGACCAGACUCCCGACAUAACAACCUUUACUAACCUGGACCAGACCCCCGACAUAACAACCUUUACUAACCUGGACCAGACUCCCGACAUAACAACCUUUACUAACCUGGACCAGACUCCCGACAUAACAACCUUUACCAACCUGGACCAGACUCCCGACAUAACAACCUUUACCAACCUGGACCAGACUCCCGACAUAACAACCUUUACUAACCUGGACCAGACCCCCGACAUAACAACCUUUACUAACCUGGACCAGACUCCCGACAUAACAACCUUUACUAACCUGGACCAGACUCCCGACAUAACAACCUUUACUAACCUGGACCAGACCCCCGACAUAACAACCUUUACUAACCUGGACCAGACUCCCGACAUAACAACCUUUACUAACCUGGACCAGUCUCCCGACAUAACAACCUUUACUAUCCUGGACCAGACUCCCGACAUAACAACCUUUACUAACCUGGACCAGACUCCCGACAUAACAACCUUUACUAACCUGGACAAGACCCCCGACAUAACACCCUUUACAAACCUGGACCAGUCUCCCGACAUAACAACCUUUACUAACCUGGACAAGACCCCCGACAUAACACCCUUUACUAACCUGGACCAGACUCCCGACAUAACAACCUUUACCAACCUGGACCAGACUCCCGACAUAACAACCUUUACUAACCUAUCCAGACUCCCGACAUACAAUGUAACAACCUUUACUAACCUGGACCAGACCCCCGACAUAACAACCUUUACCAACCUGGACCAGACUUCCGACAUAACAACCUUUACUAACCUGGACCAGACUCCCGACAUAAAAACCUUUACUAACCUGGACCAGACUCCCGACAUAACAACCUUUACUAACCUGGACCAGACUCCCGACAUAACAACCUUUACUAACCUGGACAAGACUCCCGACAUAACAACCUUUACUAUCCUGGACCAGCCUCCCGGCAUAACAACCUUUACUAUCCUGGACCAGUCUCCCGACAUAACAACCUUUACUAACCUGGACCAGACUCCCGACAUACAAUACUCCCGACAUAACAACCUUACUUACCUGGACCAGACUCCCGACAUAACAAUCUUUACUAACCUGGACCAGACCCCCGACAUAACAACCUUUACUAACCUGGACCAGACUCCCGACAUAACAACCUUUACUAACCUGGACCAGACUCCCGACAUAAAAACCUUUACUAACCUGGACCAGACCCCCGACAUAACAACCUUUACCAACCUGGACCAGACUCCCGACAUAAAAACCUUUACUAACCUGGACCAGACUCCUGACAUAACAACCUUUACUAACCUGGACCAGACUCCCGACAUAACAACCUUUACUAACCUGGACCAGACUCCCGACAUAACAACCUUUACUAACCUGGACCAGACCACCGACAUAACAACCUUUACUAACCUGGACCAGACCCCCGACAUAGCAACCUUUACUAACCUGGACCAGACUCUCGACAUAACAACAUUUACUAACCUGGACCAGACCCCCGACAUAACAACCUUUACUAACCUGGACCAGACCCCCGACAUAGCAACCUUUACUAACCUGGACCAGACCCCCGACAUAACAACCUUUACUAACCUGGACCAGACUCCCGACAUAACAACCUUUACUAACCUGGACCAGUCUCCCGACAUAACAACCUUUACUCACCUGGACCAGACUCCCGACAUAACAACCUUUACUAACCUGGACCAGACCCCCGACAUAACAACCUUUGCUAACCUGGACCAGACUCCCGACAUAACAACCUUUACUAACCUGGACCAGACCACCGACAUAACAACCUUUACUAACCUGGACCAGACUCCCGACAUAACAACCUUUACUAACCUGGACCAGACCCCCGACAUAGCAACCUUUACUAACCUGGACCAGACUCUCGACAUAACAACAUUUACUAACCUGGACCAGACCCCCGACAUAACAACCUUUACUAACCUGGACCAGACCCCCGACAUAGCAACCUUUACUAACCUGGACCAGACCCCCGACAUAACAACCUUUACUAACCUGGACCAGACUCCCGACAUAACAACCUUUACUAACCUGGACCAGUCUCCCGACAUAACAACCUUUACUCACCUGGACCAGACUCCCGACAUAACAACCUUUACUAACCUGGACCAGACCCCCGACAUAACAACCUUUACCAACCUGGACCAGACUCCCGACAUAACAACCUUUACUAACCUGGACCAGACUCCCGACAUAACAACCUUUACUAAACUGGACCAGACUCCCGACAUAACAACCUUUACUAACCUGGACCAGACUCCCGACAUAACAACCUUUACUAACCUGGACCAGACCCCCGACAUAACAACCUUUACUAACCUGGACCAGACCCCCGACAUAACAACCUUUACCAACCUGGACCAGACUCCCGACAUAACAACCUUUACUAACCUGGACCAGACUCCCGACAUAACAACCUUUACUAACCUGGACCAGACUCCCGACAUAACAACCUUUACCAACCUGGACCAGACUCCCGACAUAACAACCUUUACUAACCUGGACCAGACUCCCGACAUAACAACCUUUACUAACCUGGACCAGACUCCCCGACAUAACAACCUUUACUAA